CUUGGAUGUGCGGAGUGAUUGUUUAGCGAGAAGAAUUUUUUUUUUUUUUUUUAGAAGAAUAUCCUAAAUACUGAAACGGUGAAGAUUUGCCAGAGUGGAGCGACUGGGCAAAGAGAUACUCCGGAACCCGGGAAAAUCCAGUGAAAGACGGCAUGAAGACAUCAUCCUAGUCGUCAGUCAUGGCCGAUAAAAGGAAACUUCAAGGGGAAAUAGAUCGAUGUCUGAAAAAAGUAGCGGAGGGAGUGGAGCAGUUUGAAGACAUUUGGCAAAAGCUUCACAAUGCAGCCAACGCAAACCAGAAGGAGAAAUAUGAAGCAGACCUCAAGAAAGAGAUUAAAAAGCUACAGCGUCUUCGAGACCAGAUCAAGACGUGGGUGGCAUCCAACGAGAUCAAAGACAAAAGGCAGCUAGUAGAGAACCGCAAACUCAUAGAGACGCAAAUGGAGCGGUUCAAAAUAGUGGAAAGAGAAACCAAGACAAAAGCGUACUCGAAAGAAGGGUUGGGUCUGGCUCAAAAAGUGGACCCGGCCCAGAAAGAGAAGGAAGAGGUUGGGACGUGGCUGACGAAUACGAUAGACACGUUGAACAUGCAGGUGGACCAGUUUGAGAGCGAAGUGGAGUCGCUUUCAGUCCAGACGAGAAAAAAGAAAGGAGACAAGGAGAAGCAGGACCGGAUCGAGGAGCUGAAGAAGUUCAUUGAAAAGCAUCGGCACCACAUCCGGAUGCUGGAGACCAUCCUGAGGAUGCUGGACAACGACUCGGUGCAGGUGGACGCCAUCAGGAAGAUCAAGGAUGAUGUGGAGUAUUAUCUAGACUCGUCACAGGAUCCAGACUUUGAGGAGAACGAGUUUCUGUACGACGACCUGGAUCUGGAAGACAUCCCUCAGACGCUGGUCGCCACCUCCCCGCCGGGACACUCGCACUUGGAGGACGAGAUCUUCCAGCACUCCAGCAGCACACCCACCUCCACCACCUCGUCUUCACCCAUCCCGCCCUCGCCUGCCACUUGCACUACGGAGAACUCAGAAGAUGACAAGAAGAGGGGACGUUCAACAGACAGUGAAGUCAGUCAGUCUCCUGUGAAGAAUGGGAACCCCUCUUCCUCGUUAUCCUCUUCCUCCUCCUUCUCAUCUUCCUCCUCCUCCUCCUCCUCCUCCUCCUCUUCUUCUUCCUCCGUCUCGGGACUGACCUCAUCCUCACUUGUCUCUAUGGCGACCAUCACGGCGGGAGGUCUCAGUGGCUCUGGGGGCAACAGUCAUCACGGCAGCUCGGGGGGUCUCCUCUCCAACACUUCGGCUGGCAGCUACAGCAACGCCACCCAGCAGCAGCUGCAUCCAUCAGCACAGCAGCAGCAGGCCAAAAACUUAGUCAGCUCCCCCUCCUCCGCUCCCAUCUCCAUCCCCAUCCCCUCCACCAACAGCCACCUGGCCUCCUCCGCCUCCUCUCCCCCUAACGCCAUCACACAGGGGCUCUUCACCUCAAACUCCCAGCCUUCAGCUCUGUCGGGGCCCACGCCGACCUCCAACAGCCUCGGCCUCAGCUUGGGGCUCUCUCUGGGGAAAGGCGGCAUGUCCGGCUCCAUCACCACCAGCCCCAUGUCCGGAAGCCUUGGCCUCUCAGGGAUGCCGGCAUCCCUGAGCAGCAUGGCGAGCCUCCUGUCAGGCUCCACCCCGGCGCCCUAUGCUCAGGCGGCCGCCUCAGGAGCGAUCGGCUCCGGCCUGCCGGGCUCUCUGGGUGGCAUCGGCAUCAGCCCCACGACGACCAACAGCGCGGUGGGCUCCAUCGGCAGCGGCAGCAUCACAGUCGGCGGGCCGACGUCCUCAACAGGAGGUCUGCUAGGCCCGGCGCCGGGGCUGACCAGCGUGGGCUCGGGGAUUCUGGGUCUGAGUUCUGGUCAGUCAGGGAUGCAGGGGUCUUCGCUGGUGUCACUGAGCCCAGUAGGAGGUUUAGCGCCGGGAAGCGGAGUGGGAGUCAUCGGGAGUAACGGAGGCAGCUCGGGGUCAGGAGGGAGCGGAGUUGUGGGAGGAAACUCGUCGCUCUCCAUCAGGCCGCCGAGCCAACAGAAGCAGAACGGUAGCACUAGUUACAGCGCUGUGGUAGCAGACAGCACAACAGACUCCGCCCUCACUAGUGCCAGCCAGUCACAAAGCAGCCAACCCUCGUCUUUGACCUCCACAGCCAAUCAGCCUAAGGACACUGGUCCCAGUUUACUGGGCUCUCUAAGUUUGUCAUCCAGCUCCCCGUCGCCGGCCUUCUACAGCGAGGCCAAAACAGUGAGCGGUGGCAGCCUGCUGAACGGGCCGCUGUCCUACUCGCAGUCCUCCGACGGCAUCAAGCCCCAGGAGCCUCUGAGCAGCCUAAAGUCCAUGGCCGAGCGAGCAGCACUCAGCUCAGGGAUGGAGGGAGACGUGCCCUCCCUGCACCUCACCCCAGACAUCUUUCCCAGCAGCACUACGGCCCCCUCGGGCCCCCCGUCAGCACCUCAGCCCUCGCUGUCAGAGGUCAGCAUCCCCCCGUCACUGGGGGUCUGCCCGCUGGGGCCUGUUCCCCUGUCCAAAGACCAGCUCUACCAACAGGCCAUGGAGGAGGCGGCGUGGACGCACAUGCCCCACCCGUCCGACUCCGAGAGGAUCAGGCAGUACCUGAUGAGGAACCCGUGCCCCACCCUGCCUUUCCACCACCAGGUGCCACCGCCCCACUCCGACACUGUAGAGUUUUACCAGAGGCUUUCAACAGAAACCCUCUUCUUCAUCUUCUACUACCUGGAGGGCACUAAGGCCCAGUAUCUGGCAGCCAAAGCCCUGAAGAAACAGUCCUGGAGGUUCCACACAAAGUACAUGAUGUGGUUUCAGAGGCACGAAGAACCCAAGACCAUAACCGAUGAGUUUGAGCAGGGAACGUACAUUUACUUUGACUAUGAGAAAUGGGGCCAACGGAAGAAGGAGGGCUUCACGUUCGAGUACCGGUACCUAGAAGACCGAGACCUCCAGUGACGUGCAGAGAGGACGACAGACAGACGGACAGACAGACGGACAGACGGACAGCUGAGGAAGUGAGAGAGGGACAGACGUACGAAGAAGAGCCACCUGCUGACAUUCCUGGAUUCGACCUCAGCUCGUAGGAGAGAUGUUCGGGAUUAAAGGGGGCCAACGGGUCUGCAAAGACGACCCACCGACCUUCCAGCCCUGCCUCGUCAUCCUCACCCCGGCAGUGAUGCUCCUCCCUCCCUGUCAUCUCCUCCUCCUCCUCCUCCUCCAUCAUAGGGCCUUUUAUUUCCAUCGUCUCCUGAACUGGGACUCUCUUUAAAACAAGACUUUGUUGGUUUGUUUUUGACACAGAAACCUAAUAAUCAGACUAUCGUGUGCUU